AUGGCAGACCCAUUGAAUACGUUGGAUACCACGCCGGAUGGCGCAACUUCCAACCUGCAGCCCGUCUCGCGAAAGUCGUAUCCCAUCGCUGGGAUCCUUACGACAGUUUUUGGCCUCGAUGAAAUUCCCCCUCAAGCUACUGAUAUCGCCUGUCUCUGGCUGCUGCACCCUAGACUGGCGACGCAGGAGCGAAUGGCCGGGAUCGCUGCAGCUAUCAUCAAUGGCUGGAACCAAAAGAUCCAAACUAAUCCUGGUUCACAGGAGCCUAUCAAGGGCUUGAUUGCCGUCGCGUUUGACCAAAGAAAUCAUGGUUCGAGACUAGUCAAUCCCCUUGGAAAUGAAGCCUGGAGGCAAGGAAAUCCUCGACAUGCGCAGGACAUGUUCUCCAUAUUCCAGGGCACUGCCCGAGAUGUAUCACUUCUGAUCGACUAUCUCCCAUCUUUCGUAUUUCCCAAUGCUGAACGACGAAUCUUGGAUAAUCUCGUCCUUGGUGUUUCCCUAGGCGGUCAUGCAGCGUGGAGUUGCAUUCUACAUGAGCCUCGCGUGAGUGCCGGCGUCGUUAUCAUCGGCUGUCCUGACUAUGUGAGCCUCAUGGCGGAUCGUGCAAGAUUAUCUAAACUCCCAUCAUGGACAAACAGCGAUCCCCCGGGCUCCCAGUUCUUAAGUUCCGAAGCAUUCCCUUCUACGCUUCUUGAAGCGAUAAACAAAUAUGACCCCGCAGGCUUGUUCCUCAGCUGUUUGAGUACAGGUUCGGAUAUUGGCUAUCUGCGCGAUGGACUUCUGGGGGAGCCAAAUGAGCAAGAGAAGCAAGCUUUACGGCCGCAUUUCACACGAUGUCUGGCAGGCAAAAGGAUUCUCAAUCUGUCCGGGGGGCUUGAUAAACUGGUACCUUAUCACCGAGGAGAGGCUUUUCUCACUUGGCUGAAACGUGCCAUAGGGCCCACUGGCUGGUUCGCUGAUGGCGGAGUGGCAUUUGAGGACAUUAUUGAUGAGAGUGCUGCGCAUGAAGUAACUCCUAAGAUGGUUCGCGAAGCAGUGCGGUUUAUCAAUGAGACCCUUGCCGCUUCUAAGAACAACGCGAAAACGUCAGGCUCCGUUCGUGAAUCAAAGAUAUAA